AUGCUCAAACGCCAGAUUAGUCGCGAGGCUAGAAAAGUGGUUCACCCUGUAGUUGUUGUGAAUCACGAAGGUUUGGUUCCUGAACUUCAUCGUGAGAUCGGUAACCUUCUCGUUUCUUAUGGUCGGGGUCAGACUGAAAAGCUCUCUUCUUUCGCUCAAACGUUCGAGAAUGCUCAGGAGGAGGCCAGAUGUUUGGGUUCGAAGACUUGCCGUUAUUGUCGUGAACAUGGUCAUUUGAUAGCUGAUUGCCCUAAGCUGGCUAAGCCCUACCAGUUGAGAAAAUCUAAAGAUGAAGUUUCUGAGGCUGCCCUUUUUGAUACGGGGGCUACAUUUAACUAUAUAUCAUCAGCUCUAUUACUCUCCUUCAAUGAGGUUGGUCAUUUCUACCAACUUGAAAAAGCUAACCAUCACUCAGUGUCUCUAGCUGAUGGUUCGAAGGUAGAGUCGGAUGGUAGUGUGAAGAUCCUUGUCCGUUAUGGUGGUUCCCAACGAAUGCUAUUAUUCCAUGUGGUGCCUUCGUUGUCUCCUCGUGUGGUUAUUGGUUGGGAAGGUAUUGCGGCUCUGGGUCUUUUGAUUGAUGCUUAUCGUAGUGACAUCGUCUGCUCUGUAGAAGAGUCUGAUGACUCGCUACAAUCACCUCUACUGGCUCGUAUGGGUUUGACUGACGAUGAUAUUAUCCCCAAAGACCAACUGAUCAAUAUCCAGAAUAUGCGUCAGUGA